AAUGACAUAAUAGAAUAUACAUUUUUUUAUUGUUAUAUAAAUUAUCUUGAAUAUUUCACUCUAAAAAGAAUUGAAAUAUUAUACGAUGAAAAAAAAUUGCAAUGUGCCAAAACGAAACGGAACCUCUGAAGUUCAAUCUCAUCUCGUUGAAGAGGAGUGGUACCGUGUGACACAGAAUUGUGUUUUUCAAAUGCUCAACUCGUUUCGCAGCGAACCAAAUGUUUCUAAAGCAUCUCAAAAGAUACAAAUCUUUUAUUACUUGUAUAAGGCUUUAGUUUACCCUAAUCAGUACGUAUCACGGGAACAUUAUAACGACUGUAUACGACUUAUGGAGAAUGAUUACAAAAUACCCAAAGAAGUUUUGCCGGAUUUAGUGUAUACACUACUUUUUAUUACCCAACAACUCGCCCAAUUAAACACGGCAUGUUCUCAAGCCGACCUACCUGAUACACCACCCGUUGAGCCAACACUUUAUCCCCCAUGUGAAGAUACAAACGAAGUCGCUUCCAACGGUGCACAUGCUGCUCUUCCUAAUUUUUCAUUGACGAGAAUACCAACUUGUUUAUUAUUUCAAAAAGCUCCCCUCAAUACUUCCAUGAGUUUUGAAACAACAACCCACAACUCUUAUCCACCAGCAAAGCAAUUCAAUAUUGAAAAUAAUUCGUCACCUUCCCAUUUUCUCUCAGAAAAAAUUCUACCAGGAUGUUUAACAGCCUCACCUAAUUAUCAAUUUACAAAUCAAAUUAUUGAAAAUACACUUAAAAUUUUGAAGAAACUCGUUGAAAAAAAUUCUUUGGAAGAAGAUAAAAAAGAAAGAGAUAGUCUUACCGUUACUUCCCCCCGUCUUCCUGAUAAUAAUAUCGUACUAGAGACUGAAAGAAUUAAUGAAAAAAAUAUCGCAAACAAAAUUCUGGAGAUUGAAAAAUCAUAUAAAACGCAUAAAAGAAAAAGUUUUUCAAAAGAGACACUUCAAAAAGAUGAAAAAGCGAAGAAGGAAAAUGAGAAACCAUAUAAAACAAUAAGAGUCUCUAACGCAUCCUAUCGUUCUGUUUCGGACACUGAGGAUGACUCCCAGUCAUGCUUUCGGAAUUUCGCUCAAAUACUUUGCGAAGAUAAAGUGGAAAAUGGUGUAUCUAGAAAAGUUGCAAUUUUACGAUCUGACAGCCCAGAUUCCUUUUUAGCGACUUCUUUUGAUAAGAUUAGCAUGAAGACGUUUCAAGACAAUUCCAAGUUUUAUCAUUGGUUAAAAAAAGAGGAAGAAACGUUUAUUUCCAUUUAUAACAGAUGGUGUGUUUCUCCUUUGGGCCCAGGAAAUAGUUGGAGUGAAAUCAUUUACGAAAUGUAUCAAAGCGGGUAUUGUCGUACAAGACAACAAUGCCGCGAUAAAUUAAAGCAACUUAUUCAAUCCAAACAAGCGGUCAAAACAAGUUUAGGUAAAAUUAUUUGUGUUGGGAAAAAUUCGGAAGCUUCAUCAUGAUUUUGAUACCUUCAAACUAUGGCAUCCUUAUAAAUAUUUCAAACGAUAACGGUAACGGGAGGUGUAUAAAGUUGGAUAGGUUGUGGAAGAAUUUUUUUGUUUUUUAAUUGAAAUAUAUUGAUGAAUCGACUUUUAGAAGUUGACGAAACUUUUUGAAAACAAGAAUCGAAGCAUACAGUAAAUCUUUUCAUUACAGUAUGCGUAAAAUGAUCAUAAUAUGUGUGACAAUAUUUAUGAGAAUGCCACAAAAAAAGAAAUGCGAGCAGACUGAGAGAGAAUCCCCAGGCGCAAAGACUGUACGUUUCUGAAGAAAAAGAAUGACUGGCUGUAUUCUGAACUAACAAAAAACUAGCAUUCCAAAACAUCCAGACACUGAAGGAUAAGCAUGCUACUCCUGAUAUCACACAUAUGAAACAAGGAAGGGCACAAUAGUUACCAAUAACAUUUUGAGCUUCUUUUUCUUGCGCAAUGUCUACUAAAAGAUUUAAAACAUUAUUAGCACUCUGUGAUGACCUUUUAUCCACAAAACUCGAUUUCCAAUCAUUUAUCUUGCUAGGUUUCAAAGCUAAUGAUGGCGCUACUUGGACAUUCGACUGAUUACUUAAAUGUGACCCCCAGGGAAAUUGCGCUGUUUCCAACGCCGUAUUCUUACAAUUUUUAGAAUAUUCACUUUUGAUUUCAUAAUCUUUCACAGUUAUCAGCUGCAAGCUAACGGUUGUCGGUGCCGAUAUAACAUUAUUCAACUUUCUGUUAUCAAAACAUUCCGUCUUAUCAACAAAUGAAUGAGAUAUGUCUUCACAUGAGCCUGUUGUACUUUGAAAAGAAUUUUUAAGAUUUUCUUCUUUCAUAUCAUAUGUUUUGUUUAUUAUAGUGUCCUGUGGUAAAAUAUAUUUCGUUACUGAAACAACAUCACUACUCAUUUUGUCAUUUAGAAUAAAACAUUUUUUUUUCAAACCUUUUUCUUCGUAGGUCACUUGUUUGUAUUCAUGUUUUAUCGCGUCGCGUUGAACUAAAAUUAUUUAUAAUUCUUGCACUAAUAUUUUCA